GGAGACAGCGGCAGGAGUCAGAAAGUCUGAAUGAGCUCAGCGGUGGAGGUGACGUAUGUGACAGAGACGCCGCUGGACUCCAGGACGGCCGAAGAAGCAGCAGGAUGGACUCGCCCACAAAGGACAAGAGAGCCAAAAAACCCCUCAGGCGUCAACAGUGUGAGAAGGCUGUCCAAAAACCAAGGCAGCCAAGAAGUCACCAAAGAACUCACACUGGAGAGAAACUGUACAGCUGUGAUGAGUGCAAGAAAGCUUGCAGGACAUUGCAACAAUUAACGAUUCAUCAGAGAAUCCAUUCGGGAGAGAGACCAUACAGCUGUGAAGAGUGCAAGAAAGCUUUCACUUCUCUCCAUUAUCUAAAAAUGCAUCAGUCCAUUCACAGUGAAGAAAGGCCAUUCAGCUGUGAUCAAUGUGAGAGAACUUUCACUUCUGUUCAUCGUCUGAAACUACAUGAGGUCAGUCACAGUGACAAGAGGCCAUACAGCUGUGAUCAGUGCAAGAAAACAUACAAAACCUUAGGUGUUUUAAAUGUUCAUAAGAGAAUUCACACGGGAGAGAAACCGUUUAAGUGUCAGCUGUGUGGCGCUGCGUUUAUGGCAUCUGCAAAAUUAGAUGUUCACGUUCUACGUGCUCACACUGGAGAGAGACCACACCAUUGUCCUCAAUGUGACAAAGUAUUUGUGACACAAGGAGAACUAAAUAUUCAUCAGAGAGUUCACACUGGAGAAAAGCCAUAUCAAUGUGGGGAAUGUGGGAAAAGUUUUUCAAGGUCUUCUAAUUUUGUCACUCAUCAGCGCGUCCACAGUGGAGAGAAACCAUUCAGAUGUGACCAGUGUGGUAAAGCUUUUACUCGUUCCUGUCACCUGAAGGUCCAUUCUUUUAUGCACACUGGAGAGAAAUUGCACCGAUGUGACCAGUGUGGGAAAACAUUCACCAGGCUAGAAACUCUCAGGAUCCAUACACGCAUUCACACGGGAGAAAAACCGUACCAGUGCAGACACUGUGAGAAGGCUUUCAUUUCACAAACUGACCGCAGGGUACAUGAGCGGAUCCACACUGGACUGAAACCGUACAGGUGUGAGGAGUGUGGGAAGAGUUUCACUCAGGGAUGUGCUUUAAAGAAUCACAGAAACAUUCACACAAAAGAAGCAAGUUUCCCCUGUGACCAGUGCGGGAAGGUCUUUGGUUCUCGUAGUUCAUAUUCUUACCAUGAGAAAAUCCACACUGGAGUGAAACCCUACAAGUGUAAACAUUGUGAGCAGUCAUUCCCCACGUUAUCAACCUGUUCAAGACAUGAAGGUGUUCACAGUAUAGAGAAAUCCUACAGUUGUGGUGAAUGUGGGAAGGCUUUUUCAAGAGCAAGCUACUUGAGUGCCCAUAAGCGCAUCCACAGGCAAGAGAAACCUUUCAAAUGUGACCAGUGCGAUAAAGCGUUCCAUCGGUCGUGUCACCUAAGGAGUCACCUUCUCACACACACUCGAAAGAAACGGCAACAAUGUGCCCAGUGUGGGAAAACAUUCAAAAGGGUAGAAAGUCUGAAAAUCCAUCACCGUAUUCACACUGGAGGGAAAUCCUAAAAAUGUAAACAGUGUAAAAAACCUCCCUAUCAGUAAAAGACAUAAGCACGUUUACACCGGGAGGAAUCCUGGGGUCUAUUACAGGAAGCAGUUUUAGCUAACAACUCUGAUUGUGUUAACCCUAAAAUGAGGGAAACUUAGGUUCAGUUCAAGAAAGAGAGCUAACUCCAACUCCGAGUCUGUUACCAUGGUAAGAGAAUCUGUGAACCUAACCUGGCAGGUUUUAUCCAACAAAUUCUGAGUGUCUCUCUGACUCCUCCCCUUCUGCUGCACCUGAACCACCUGUCUGACACUCCCAUUCAUUUCCUCCUUCAUAAAGUCGCUGCAAGGUGAUCAGAGGAGCAAAUUUAUCUGCAGACAUUUGUAUCUACAAGCUC